AUGGCCGCAACCUUCGACUUCAGCUCCAAGUUCCUCUCCGAACUCCCACCCAACACCCCCGAGCUAAUCGCUCCGGACAUCAAAACCAUCAAAGCCGCACUGCGCCGCCAACUCGGCCAAACCCCCGUCAUCGACUUCAUCAUCCUCUCCUCCGUGCCCCCAGACGCCAUCAGCCGACUUAUCAUCGACCCACGUGCAGGCGGCGACCCCAAGCCCCUACGCAUGUUCUACAAUGCAGACGUACGCAAACUGAUCAUCAACCCACCCAGGUUCCCACUGGAGAUUGCAACGGGCUACUUUACACGCUUUAUUAUGUUACAAACGGAUCUUUGCGAUGAACUCAUCCCGACAGGCUCAGCGACGGUGGAAGAUGGACCGUAUGCCAAAGAGCCGAAUGCUUCGUACAUGGUGGAGCACACGCUGCGACUGCGACACAAAUGGCCGAACUACGUUAUUGAGACGGGGUUUGAGGAUAUGCUGGGUCGGUUGCGGCUGCAUAAGGAGUGGUGGUUUGGUCAGUCGGAUGGACAGGUGCGAGGGGUGUUGAUUGUUGGGGUGAGUAGAACGGCACGGAGGGUCGUCAUUGAGAACUGGACGCAGAGGGGUGGUUCUCCGAUCAAGGAGCAGGAGGUCAGUAUUUCUAGAGAUGAGGAGGGGGUGGUUGUUGUUGCUGGGGAUACGCUGAGAAUCAAAUUUGAGAAUCCUUUUUUGCGGCCUGCGAGUGAUGAUACAGAAGGAGAUUUGGUAUUUCCGCGCGAGGGGUUGGAAAAACUGGCUGCAACAGUUUGGAGAUAUUUGCCUUUUUGA